AGCCGACUUCAGCAGUUUCCGUCUCUUACCUCUAUCUCACUUUGUCACCCCUCAUUGGGUCCUUCUGCUUCUCAAAGCUGACUGUAUGUUGGAAACGAUUAGGCAUUCACUCAUCCCUCGCUGUCGGUGGAAGGCGCAUCAUGCACUGUAAAGUUUUGGGCAAAAGUGUAAUUUUCUUUGCGAAGUUUCCCAAGGGCUCCACACGAAACAAAACGGAUACUUCAAACAGUCUAUCGAAGCCCUUUGCGCAUUUUUGUGUACGGAUUUUACAUCGGAAUUUCUUGUAACGAUUUUAUUCUUUGGGGAGUUUGUCAUUAUAGGACUGUAUAACUAUGGAGUUAUGCGCUUCGUGAGGAGUGGCAUUGAGGAGAAACCAAAGCCAUGGUAAAAUGGGAUACAGUGAGUCUGGAUCUAAAUAAAGGUUAAUACAUUAUAUUAUAAGCUCCAGUGAUAGGAACACUUUGUGGUGGAUGGAUGCGCAGCUGAAGAUGGCCCGUCCCGCAGCAUUCAUAUUGAUACUGUCCAUGCUGAUGGCGCCAGUUACAAGUCUCCCCUGCCCGCGCCAGUGCACGUGCCCUCAGGCCACAGAGGUGCACUGCACGUUCCGUUCCCUGCUCACGGUGCCCGCCGGCAUACCCAGACAAGUGGAGCGCAUGAACCUGGGGUUUAACACCAUAAACCAUGUGACUCAGACCUCUCUGUCUGGGUUGAGGAAGCUGGAGCUUCUGAUGAUGCAUGGGAACGAUCUCUACAACAUUCCCAACGGAGCCUUCAGGGAUCUCAUGUCCUUACAGAUGCUGAAGAUGAGCUAUAACAAACUGAAGGAGAUCAACAGACACACUCUCCAGGGUCUGUGGUCUCUGACCAGACUCCACCUGGACCACAACCAUCUGGAGUUCAUUCACCCAGACACCUUCCAGGGCCUCACCUCCCUACGUCUCCUACAGCUGGAGGGGAACAGACUGCAGCAGCUCCACCCCUCUACCUUUUCCACCUUCUCRAUGAUGGGACACUUCCACCUCUCCACCCUAAGGCACCUGUACCUGUCGGAGAACAGGCUGACCUCGCUGCCCCAGGAGCUGCUGGGAGGAAUGCCCCAGCUGGAGAACCUAUUCCUGCAUGGGAACCCCUGGACAUGUGACUGCAGAAUGAAGUGGUUCGCCGACUGGGACAAAAACUCACCAGGUGUGCUGAAGUGUAAAAAGGACAGGGCCUACCCAGGAGGUCAGCUCUGCCUUAUGUGUUACUCCCCAAAGAACUUACGAAUGAAAGAAGUCCUGGGCCUGGACACACUGGMCUGCUCCAGCCCCGUUAUCACCUCCCCUGAUCYACCUACGYCCCKAGAGGACACAGAGACKGYGGUCAUGACCCUGGAGGAGUUCAAGGGGRCYUURGGCAACAUUACCRUAGGCCUGACGGACGAYCAUGGGAACAAAGUGGAUCUGGAGUGCAGCGUCGGAGAGCCCCGCGGGGAGUCGUCUAAGGUCAGCUGGGAGCAGGUCAACCCUCUGCAGCUGGCCUCUAAUGUGAGUAUCUCCGUGGAUCUGGGGUGUCCCAUCAACAGGGACAAUUAUGAGAGACUCUGGAGGCUGAUCGCCUACUAUAGCGACACGCCCGCUCACCUGCAGAGAGAGAUCAUGCUGACUAAGGAGCCGGUGCCCAGCUACAGGUACAGGCAGGACCUGGAGAGAGACGCAUUGUACUACACAGGGGUUAAGGCUAACAUGGUAGCUCAACCAUCCUGGCUGAUGCAGAGCUCUGUGGACCUGCAGCUGAACAGGCCCCAGUCCACUGGGAAGAGCGUCAAGCUGAUCCUCAGCACCCACCUCACACAGACCGUGGAGCCUGAGCUGGAGCGCAGACAKCGRAGGACAUGGGUCAUGAUAGAGAACACAAACYCUACCAGGACGYRGCUGAGUGUUGUAGUGGGCAGCSCUGCUGUAAUYGACUGUAACGUGUUGAGCUCAGGAGACACYGUGGUUCGCUGGAUGCUGCCAGACGGGACCCAGCUGGAGGCACCGUACAGCAGCCCAGACAACAGGGUGUCAGUGURGAGCACCGGRAGGUUGGAUAUUAAAGCUGUAGGACACUCAGACUCYGGGAUAUAUUACUGUAUCGCCCAGGUCUCUGACGACCUCAGUGUCCUCCCUUUCCGCCUGACGGUCGAGGAGUCCUCCAGUCCUCCCCCUCUUGGAGGGGAUGAGACGGCGCCUACCCUCGUAGAGGGGUUCACCGGUGUCCCUCUCACUCUAAACUGUGUCGUGUCUGGCUCUCCUGACCCUGAGAUUAACUGGAUCCUUCCUGACAGCAGCAUAGUGAGUCACAGAGCCAACUCUUCUAGAGCGCUGGUGUAUUCCAACGGAACUCUGAGAGUCCCAGAGAGUCGACUGACAGACAGUGGAUAUUAUAAGUGUGUGGCCAUGAACCAGCAUGGUGUGUAUUCCCUGGCGACUAAGGUGACUCUCACCAGACAGUUAGGGGCAGAGAUACGACCACUGAGGAGAAUGAGGCCACAGUCUGCUUCAGGGGUCAACACCAGGGUCAAAGCCCCCAUGGGGGACACUGAGGAGGCAUCAGGGGACAAUGACGACACACAGGAGGAAGUCCCCUCCUCGCCUUCCUCCUCAUCUUUCUCCUCCUCCUCAUUCCCGAGCCGUGUGGGGCUAAUGAAUCGGAGGAGAGGUCAAAGUUCAAACAGGGGUGGUGGUCAUCCAUUUAGAAACACAUGGAGGCGACCUGCUGUACCUAGAAAACCAACCACGACAGGGACAAAUGAUGAAGACAAGAAAAACACAGUGGGGACGAGGAGGAGGAUUAACGUGGCAAACAAAAAUAUAGACCCGGAGAAGUGGGCGGACAUUUUGGCCAAAAUCCGUGACAAGAACGGACAGGGUAACACUAACAUAACACCCAGCUCAACUCACCUCACCACAAAGAAGAAGCAGGAGUCAACAACAACAGCUAGCGCUAAGCAGACAGAGUCUCCUUACAACAUAGAGGGAUCAACAGACGACCUACAUGAGGAAGAGGAGGAGGAGCUAUACACACCCACUACUAUACCGCAUAUACCCACUCGACACACUACUUACACUACAGACUCAGAUGUGGAUACAGCCACAAAUCAUGCACUUUUCACGCAGCCGGUCACAGAGCCUGUCACAUCUGUUCCCCAGCAGCUCAGUAACACUGUCACACACACAGAGACGCAAGGCAGGCAUACAGUCACACACACACACUCCCAGACCCUGGGUCAGCUGCAUGUGAACGUCUUGACCAGUUCUUCGUACAACGAUUCUUUACAAGGAGAAAAUCAAAGCACCACCACCACCGCUUUGACUACAGAUGUUGCGGCUACAGAGUCUGAUAUCUCACCCACGUCUGAGGAUAAUCAGGGGGAGAAAGACGCUAACGGACCCAGUGUUGAUAGCAGCUUUAAUGAAGGAAGUGACGCAUAUUUAGACAGAGCUGAACUUGACCCAUCACUCACCACCACCACAGUUAGAGGGUACUCUGAAUCGGAAACAGAGAGAGAUGAAUUUGACCACUCUCUCACUGAGACUCAGAGCACAACUGCUAAACUAGACACACCUACUCAGCUAAAGCAGCAUACAAGGUCUAAUAUAACCCAUCUUCCACUCAGCACACCCUCUCCCACAACCGAGCUCACUUCAGCUGUGUAUAUGAGGAAGGAAACUCCAGGUGAGGUGGCUACUCGACUCAGAAACCAGAACUCCAGGAGGAGGAACGGGGGUGGGGGCAGGAGAAGACGGCCCAAUACGGGCAGAAAGAAGCCAAAGCCUAAUAAUCCGUUGAGAAGUGAUUUUACAACCGCAGCCACGCCUAAGGACGCGCUCCCAACAACUACCAAGGCAACCACUGCCACAUGGAUUAAAAUAGAAGCGUUCGACAAUGCCAAAAGCAUGACGGACAGGUUUAAUACCGCAGUUCCAUCGACGGGCAGCCAAACGACGUCAUCAGGCAGAGUGAGUCACGAAGGGAACACAGUAGUCUCUUUAUACGAAGACAGGAUUGACCCCUCACCUACAACUCGCUCCGAGACAAAGGACACCCUUUCACCACACGCCAAACCACUGUUUGGGAGCACAACAGCCCCACCGGCGUCUCCUACAACCUCUUUAACAGAAACACAUAAACAAACAUCCCAGAGCAGCCAUCACAGAACAGCCCCAGAAAGAGCCUCUCAGACUCCGAACACUCAGAGCCCAGUUCCAGAGCACUCGGUUGUGCACACGACAGCCCGUCAGGGGAAUUUUACAAGCAUCCCCCGUCCUACAGUUAAACCAACCGAGACAACACAAAGGGGAGGCAGCGCUACUGUAGACCUUCACCCUGUUCCAAGUCCUGACAAGUCCCCGGAGAAUCGCAACACUCGCCCGGGAGUGCCAGCAGAUGGACAGCUCGACACACCAGACUAUCGAUAUACAACAGGUACGACUGAGGUUAAAAAAGCGCCGGUCAAAGAGAUUGACAGCGCGUCUCCGUCCAUCCGGCAUGAAAUAACCAGCGCACACGGCACAACACACGCCCCAACACACGCCCCAACACACGCCCCGGGUGCCUCGACAAAAGAGUCCUUCCAUGAGGAGGCAGAACAUGAGAAGGCUCGGGUUAGCACCGCUGAAAGGCCGGUGACAUCUGAAAGCUCUCAUCGCGGAUCUGGUCCCGAUAAAACAGCCACUGUUAAGCCCAGAACAACCUUUGAUGGGCACUAUAACAUCAGAGAAAGCACUUCCACCACAGGCAAAGACCAAACACCAGUGGAAAAUGUUGCAGUUUCUGUUGCUGCUACUACAACAAAGGAUGUUUCUCCCACUAUGUCACCUGUCACCUCCACAUCAGUUAGGACAUCCAUAGUUUUCCCCUCUAGGGUGAGGCCUCAGAUCCCUGUACUAAACACUCCAUCCACUAGGGUCAGGACCCAACCUUCAUCCAGAACAGUGGAGGUUCCCUCCAACUCCAACCACAUCCCAGACAGUCACAUAGAGAGAGUCCUCAUCUCUCAACCCGACCAGAGAAACAACCCGAUCCUCAACAGAGGAGACUCCAUCCUAAUCACCAGAUCUGACCCCAACAGACAACCACCACCAGCCGACUCCCACACCACUACUAAACUAGAGUCAACUGACAUCAGACCUGAUCCAGUCACRGGUGUUAAACCAACCACCACAGAACCCAGAACACCCCACAGGCACAGGACAGUCACAAACACAAACACCCAGAUGGUCAAACAGACGACCAUCACAACCACGCUCGCUUCCACCGCCACAAAGAGCUUUUCUCAGACUUCAUCAGUGUCUUCAUCAAGGCCUCAGAGUCCGUCCAGUGGGGGCCAGAGGACAGAGACCCCUACCCAGACACAGGGGUUAUCAGGUGGGGUGUCGGGAGGUGGUGAGAGACCCUCCGUAGCGGGACCUGUUGUAACAGGGAAGCCCCGGAUCACCAAUGUGGAUGUGCGGACAGUGACAGUGAAUGCAGAGAUGGAUGCACAGCUGCCCUGUGUGGCUGUAGGGGAGCCCAAGCCUUUCCUCUCCUGGACGAGAGUCUCCACUGGAGCGACAGUAGCCCAGAACACUCGGGUCCAGAGGUUCGAGGUCCAUCCCAACGGCACGUUAAUCAUCCGUAACAGCCAGCCCCAGGACCGAGGCCAGUACCUCUGUAUGGUCCAGAACCAGUAUGGCAUGGACAAGAUGGUGGUCUCCCUGAUGGUCCUGGCCCAGCAUCCCAGAGUGCUCCAGCCGCGCUACCGCGAUGCUACCGUAUACCACGGGGACGGCAUCGAUCUGGAGUGCCAGGUACAGGGACAUCCCAUGCCCCGGGUCACCUGGGUGCUGCCUGACAGGGUCCACCUCGCUGCGCCCCCAGCCCCGGGCCCUGCCAACCCAGCCAGUGGCCCCCAGCCCGGCCCACAGUCUGGCCCUAAGCACGUGGACCUCCUCAGUAACGGUACUCUCCGGAUAACCGAGGCCAGCUACACAGACAGAGGGAUCUAUAAAUGUAUCGGCAGCAGCGUGGCGGGAGCCGAUACAGUCUCUGUCCGUCUCCAUGUGGCAGCCUUGCCUCCAGUCAUCCAACAACCUCGCUAUGAGAACAUGUCCCUCCCCGAGGGCAGCACGGCCUACAUCCACUGCACCGCCAAAGGAGCCCCUACGCCCGUCAUGCGCUGGACCACGCCCGACGGAGUCCAGCUCCUCACCUCGCAGUUCGUCAACGGACGUAAUUUCUUUGUCUUCCCCAACGGGACCCUGUACGUCCGUGGGCUAGGCCAAGGCGACGCGGGGAGAUAUGAGUGUGUGGCCAGUAAUGCGGUAGGAGCCUCCAGGAGAACCAGCAUUCUGACCGUACUGAGACUCCCAUCCUCCACCAAGGCCAGGAUUACCUCCUUGUCUCCCCAGAGGUCUGACGUGGUCUACGGGGCGCUUCUGAGGCUCGACUGCAUUGCCACAGGAAAACCAGAGCCCAGGAUCGUCUGGAGGACCCCCUCUAAGAAACUAGUGGAUUCCCAGUACAGCUUCGACCCCAGGAUAAAGGUGUUCACCAAUGGUUCUCUGGCCAUCCAGGCCAUGACAGAGAAAGAUGAUGGGGACUACCUGUGUGUGGCCCGAAACAAGAUGGGGGACGACUACAUGCUUCUGAGGGUUAACGUGCUGACCAAGCCGGCCAAGAUUGAGCAGAAGCAGCUGCUGGCGAGUCAGAAGGUGAUGUAUGGAGGAGACCUGAAGGUGGACUGUAUAGCGUCUGGCCUCCCCAACCCUGAGAUCCGCUGGGCUCUGCCGGACGGCACCAUGAUCAACACACUGAAACAGACGGAUAGUAGGGUUAGAGGUGGCCGCACCCGCAGAUACGUGGUGUUCGACAACGGGACGUUGUACGCCAACGACGUGGGGAUGAGAGAGGAAGGAGACUACACCUGCUACGCUGAGAACCAGAUAGGGAAGGAUGAGAUGAAGGUUCACGUCAAGGUGGUGGCGGACCCUCCGAUCAUCAGAGACAAAACUCAAAGCCCGGAAGUCAUCAGGGUUCUUUAUGGGGAGACCGUGUCUCUGAAGUGCAGCGUCAAGGGAGAGCCGACCCCAGUCAUCACGUGGCUAUCCCCCACUAACCGGGCCAUUGCCUCCUCCCCCACUAAAUACCAGGUCCAUAAUGAUGGCACAUUAGUGGUCAAGAAGGCGCAACGCUUUGAUGCUGGUAACUACACCUGCACAGCUAGGAACAGUGCCGGCCAGGACCGCAAAGUCACCAGGGUGGAAGUCUUUGUGACGCCCCCGACCAUCAAUGGACUGAGAGGUAUGGUCAACACUAUCAGAGUGACGGCUAUAAGGGACCAGCGCACCAUGUUGGCCUGCGAGGCCGUGGGGACACCCAUCCCCCGGGUCAUGUGGGUGUUACCGGAGAACGUCAUCCUCCCGGUGCCAUACUACGGCAGCAGAAUGYCGGUGCAUCGUAACGGUACGUUGGAUAUACGUUCGCCGAAGGGGACAGACUCGGCUCAGCUGGCCUGCAUCGCACGCAACGAGGGCGGGGAGGCCAGGCUGAUGGUCCACCUGGAGGUUAAAGAGAUGGUAGAGAGACCGCAGCUCAGAGGGCCCAAAACAGAGAGCCUCUCUCUAACGGUAGGCAGUACCAUGACCCUGAACUGCUCCUUUGAAGGAGGCCCAGCACCCCCAACGGUAACCUGGAUCCUCCCUAAUGGUUCCCCCCUCAUGAGGGGUGCCCAGUUCUCCAAGUUCUUCCACCGACCUGACGGCUCCUUGGUCAUCACUAACCCCGCUGUCUCUGAGAGUGGUAUGUACCGCUGCCUGGCGAGGAAUGUAGCCGGGCUAGUGGAACGUACUAUUACUUUAGCCCCGGAGAGGAAACCAGAGAUCAAUAACCGCUACAACUCCCCCAUCAGUAUUAUGAAUGGGGAGAGCCUCCAACUCCACUGUCUSUCUACGGGGGACCCCCUCCGGCUGACGUGGACACUGCCCAGUGGGGUGGUCCUGGGGCGGCCACAGAGAGCCGGRCGCUACGCCGUACUGGCCAAUGGGACGCUCGCCAUCCAGCAGGCGUCCGUCUACGACCGCGGCUCCUACGUCUGCCGAGCGGCUAACGAGUACGGCAGCGCCCUGCUCUCCGUGCCCGUCAUCGUCAUCGCGUACCUGCCUCGCAUCACCAAUGGCCCGCCUCCCGUGAUGUACGCUCGCCGCGGCGUGGCGGUCCAGCUGAACUGUGUUGCCACGGGGAUCCCCCGAGCUGAGAUUGCCUGGGAGACGCCGGAUAGGACGCGGCUAGCGGUCAGUGCCCAGCCACGCCUCUUUGGCAACAAGUACCUCCACCCACAAGGCUCUCUCAUCAUCCAGAACCCCACACAGAGAGACCAGGGCUUCUACAAAUGCACCGCCAGGAACGCGAUAGGGGUCGAUACUAAAGCCACCUAUCUACAUGUGUUCUGAUUAGCCGUAGACAAAUCGUUUUUUUUUAUCAUAUGCCCAAGAAACUGCCAAAGGAGCUGAGCACGGCCAAUGCUUUUCAUCCGUCCACAUGAUGUUGAAGAGACUUUGAAUCGCUGUCAACGCAAAGUAAAGAUACACGUUUCCAAUCGGUAGCUAAACAAACGAGCUACUGUGUAUGCAGUAGCUGUGCUGUAUGUGUCCUGUGACGUCAUUCAAGGCCAUGUUUCAGCUGCAUUUCAAAAAAAAACAUUUUGUGACAAAGCCAUUUUUCACUCGUCAAAAAACACUUUGCCAUGAAGGACUUUAAUAGAGAGUGAGAACUGUAGUAUUACUAUUUGUAGCAUUAUAUCAGUAUAUGAGAGCAUAUGACUUUCCAUGUAGGCUGCUUCUCUUUUCCAUCUCCUGCGCUGACAAUGACAAUUUUAUGUCAAACUGUGUAGAUAAGCGUAGCUCAAUAUCUUUUUACGUUCGAUUAAUGAAAAUAUUCUAAAUGAUAUACUGUUGAUACAGAAAAUAUCCAAUACUGCUGAGAUGGGGYCGAUUUCAGGGGUCUAAGCAACAAUGGCUGGUGCUACAAUUAUGAAUACCUGCUUCACAACCAUCCAUAUUAUCUUACUAUCUUAACCAAAAGUAUUUUUAAUGACCGCUAACCCUGCUAUUUACAGGAGCGACUCACACAUUACCGUUACUGUGAUUAUUGUACAUGCAAUAUGGUUUAGAUCUGCUUGCAACCCACAUAGGUGUCAACAUCAACUCAUAAAAUAAUACUAAUAUGUUUUUACAUGCCCUCAUUAUUAAAUUAUUUGUCUUUAAAAGACUCUGAUGUAUAGGAAUUUUACACGUUUUUUAAUAAAGAGAAGCUCAAAAUC